AUGGAAUCCGCCUCCGUGGGAAGGACACGCGUGAGUGACAUGUCAUCUGUGGAUCGAGUCCCUGCAACUCCACCCUACGGCCAUCCUUCGCCUUCCCCGCAUCACCAGUACUAUCCUCCGCCAAACGCUGCGCCGCCUCCCCGGACGCCGCCAAGACAUAGUCCUGGCAUACCGCAUCAAAACUCCUCAUGGAACCCCCCUCCUGGCCCUCCACGCCCGCCGCCUCAGGUUCCUCAGAGCUUCGGCCAUGGCGCUCCAUCGCAUUAUCAAUACCAAUACUCCAACUGCACUGGAAAGCGCAAGGCUCUGCUGAUCGGAAUCAAUUACUUUGGCCAGGCAAACCAAUUGAGAGGAUGCAUCAACGAUGUGACGGAAAUGUCCAUUUUCUUGAACAAGUACUACGGAUACCGCCGGGAAGAUAUGGUCAUCUUGACUGAUGACCAAGCCAAUCCGAUGAGUCAGCCUACGAAAGCCAACAUCAUCAGGGCGAUGCAGUGGCUGGUGAAAGGCGCCCAACCAAACGAUUCCCUGUUUAUCCAUUAUUCAGGACACGGCGGCCGCACUCCCGACCUUGAUGGAGACGAAGACGAUGGAUUCGACGAUGUCAUCUAUCCUGUGGAUUACAAGGUUGCUGGCCACAUUGUAGACGAUGAGAUGCAUGACAUCCUGGUCAAACCUCUCCUUCCCGGAGUUCGUUUGACUGCCAUCUUCGACUCAUGUCAUUCGGGAACGGCACUAGACCUUCCCUAUGUUUACUCGACCCAGGGGGUCUUGAAAGAGCCCAAUCUCGCCAAGGAAGCCGCGCAGGACCUCUUCAAUGCAUUUGCCGCUUACGAGAGGGGUGACUUGGGAGGAGUCGCCUCGACGGCCAUUGGAUUAUUCAAGAAGGCCACGAUUGGAAGCUCUGCUCGUGAAAGGACCAUCAAGACGAAGACCUCCCCCGCGGACGUUGUUAUGUUCUCCGGGUCCAAAGACUCACAAACAUCCGCCGACACAUUCCAAGGCGGAGAAGCAAGAGGAGCUCUGAGCUGGGCAUUUAUUGAAUCUUUGAAGAAAUGGCCCAGACAGAGCUACCUGCAAUUGUUGAAUUCCAUCCGAGCGCUGCUCGAGGACAAGUACACGCAGAAGCCGCAGCUGAGCUGCAGUCAUCCACUGGUACCAACUAUCGCAUCGUAUGGUGAGAACAAGAGGAUUCUUUUGCACAAUGAACGAAAGCCUUUGUCACGUCAUUGUUCGUUAUUGUUUUUGAGACCUUUAUCUGUACCCUCAAUGGUCAAUUUUGCCGGUAUAUUUCAGCUGGCUAGGAGAUUGUAA